AAUUGAGGAACGAUUUUUUUUGCUUCGCAAAAUGAACAACUCCUCAGCAACRGCCAACUUAACAAUCGGCGAGAUAACAGCAGUGUCGUCUCUCACAGAUGCCACUGAACUAUCUUAUGUCACAACUAGUAAAGCACUUGCUUACGUGAUUGCGAUGGURACGGCACUUGUUGGUAAUGYGUUGAUUAUCGUCUGUUAUUACAAAACCAGGACAGCAAAACACUUACACAGAAGUAUCAACGACUGUCUUAUCCUMAGCCUUGCUUUCUCGGACCUACUCCUGCCGGUAUUCGCYAUACCAGAGCGUAUAACCCGUAUAUACACUAACGAUCAGUGGGUCAUGAUGGGAACGUUUGGGGUUAUAUUGUGCAAGUUAGUGAACUUCAACGAGGCGGUGUCAAUAGUGGCGUCGUUGUUGACACUCGAUGCGAUUGCCUUUGAUCGCUGCACUGCUGUUAUGUUCCCAUUCAAAAAGACUUUGACAAUGCGCGGGAUAAAAUGGCUGCUGUUUGGYAUAUGGGCGAUCGCUCUAGCGUACAAUUCCCCAUUGCUCUAUUUCUCUUCGCUUGUYGAAGAAGCCGAUAAAGUUGUUUGCAAUGCAAGGACUUCGACAUGGAACGUUAAGUCAUGGCGUCAUUUUUACCUCGGGCUUUCCUCCGUUUCUUUACUAACAAUCUUCUCCUGCUACGUCGCCAUAGCAAUCAGAAUGUCAACAAGAAAAAAAUCACUGCGAAAGUUAAGCAUCAGUGGGCGACAAAGGGAAAUAACAAGUCGUAAAGUCCUAAAAACAAGCUCUGCCAUCAUCGUAGCUUUUUAUCUUUGCUAUUUUAACUACUGGUUCUACGCUUUACGUUGUUCUGACAAAGAUGAAAUCCCUGAUAUUUGCCGACAUGAAGYGUUUAGGUUUUUGUCUGUUUAUUUUGUGAUGCUAAAUAGCGCUUUAAAUCCUGUAAUUUACUUUGUGUAUAGUUCUAGGUAUCGUAGGGGAUUGUAUAGGUUAUUCAGUACGGUCAGGUAAUUAAGAAUAGACCAAAACAAAUYAAUUUGUUAAAUAAUGAAAUAAAAUGGGAUAAAUAAAUGGA